GUGGAUAGAAAGAGCACAGAAGCAGGCCUUUCCCACUCGCGAAUCUCAGCCAGGCGGGCAUGAUCCGGACUCCAGAAGCAGAUUACUUCCUGAAGCCGCUCCCCGCACACCUAGCGGGGCGGCUCAACGCCUCUGCUGGGGCCGGGCCUGCCUCCCACAUCCUGUACAAGCGGUCGGCGGAGCCGCGGGCCCAGAAGGGGCUCCGGGUGAAGAUGGUCCCGAGGCAGCGGCAGCUGGCGAAGCGCCACCUCUCCCGGAAGAAGCAGCCCCUGCCCGGUGGCCCCCACCUCGGGCCCCCGCAAAAGCAGCACUUCUGUGGAAGACGCAAGAAAUACAUGCCCAAGGCACCCAGGGAAGACCCCUUCAUCCUGCCUGAUGAGUACAAGCCUUGCCCACGGAACAAGCGCUCUCUUCUGAAGUCCCAUAGGAAUGAAGAACUGAACGUGGAGACGUUGGUGGUGGUCGACAAAAAGAUGAUGCAAAACCACGGCCAUGAAAACAUCACCACCUAUGUACUGACAAUACUCAACAUGGUGUCUGCUCUGUUCAAAGACGGGACCAUUGGAGGAAACAUCAACAUUGCAAUUGUAGGUCUGAUUCUUCUAGAAGAAGAACAGCCAGGGCUUGUGAUCAGCCAUCACGCAGACCACACCUUAAGCAGCUUCUGCCAGUGGCAGUCUGGACUGAGGGGGAAAGACGGGACUCGUCAUGACCACGCCAUCUUACUAACCGGUCUGGAUAUCUGUUCCUGGAAGAAUGAACCCUGCGAUACUUUGGGAUUUGCGCCCAUAAGUGGAAUGUGCAGUAAAUAUCGCAGCUGUACAAUCAAUGAAGACACAGGUCUGGGACUGGCUUUCACCAUCGCCCACGAGUCUGGACACAACUUUGGCAUGGUCCAUGAUGGAGAAGGGAACAUGUGCAAAAAGUCUGAGGGCAACAUAAUGUCCCCUACCUUGGCAGGACGCAACGGGGUCUUCUCCUGGUCACCCUGCAGCCGCCAGUACCUACACAAAUUUUUAAGCACAGCCCAAGCGACAUGCCUUGCUGAUCAGCCAAAGCCUGUGCAGGAAUACAAGUAUCCUGAGAAACUGCCGGGACAGUUAUAUGAUGCGAACACCCAGUGCAAGUGGCAAUUCGGAGAGAAAGCCAAGCUCUGCAUGCUGGAUUUUAAAAAGGAUAUCUGCAAAGCCCUGUGGUGCCACCGGAUUGGAAGGAAAUGUGAGACGAAGUUUAUGCCGGCAGCAGAAGGAACUGCCUGCGGGCAUGACAUGUGGUGCCGUGGAGGGCAGUGUGUGAAAUACGGUGACGAAGGCCCCAAGCCCACCCAUGGCCAUUGGUCAGACUGGUCUCCCUGGUCACCGUGCUCCAGGACGUGUGGAGGAGGGGUGUCCCACAGAGACCGCCUCUGCACUAAUCCCAAACCGUCGCAUGGAGGGAAGUUUUGUGAGGGCUCCGCUCGCACUCUGAAGCUUUGCAACAGGCAGAAAUGUGCCCAUGAUAGUGUCGACUUCCGCGCCCUGCAGUGUGCGGAAUACAAUAGCAAGCGGUUCCGAGGGUGGCACUACAAGUGGAAGCCUUACACUCAAGUGGAAGAUCAGGACUUAUGCAAACUCUACUGUAUCGCAGAAGGAUUUGAUUUCUUCUUUUCUUUGUCAAAUAAAGUCAAAGAUGGGACUCCAUGCUCGGAGGAUAGCCGUAAUGUUUGUAUAGAUGGGAUAUGUGAGAGAGUUGGGUGUGACAAUAUACUUGGGUCCGAUGCCGUUGAAGACUCUUGUGGCGUGUGCAAGGGGAACAACUCAGACUGCAUGACACACAAAGGCCUCUAUGCCAAGGACCACCGCACCAACCAGUAUUAUCACAUGGUCACCAUUCCUGCUGGAGCCAGGAGUAUUCGCAUCUAUGAAACGAACGUAUCUACCUCCUACAUCGCUGUACGCAAUGCCCUCAAAACGUACUACCUGAACGGACACUGGACCGUGGACUGGCCCGGACGCUACAAGUUCUCAGGCACUGCCUUCGACUACCGGCGGUCCUCCAGGGAGCCGGAGAGCUUGACCUCCGUGGGGCCAACCAACGAGACGCUGGUCGUGGAGCUUCUGUUUCAGGGAAGAAACCCGGGCGUGGAGUGGGAAUACUCAGUGUCUCGGCUGGGGGCUGAGAGGCAGCCCGGAGCCCGGCCCAGCUACACGUGGGCCAUCGUCCGCUCUGAGUGCUCCGAAUCCUGCGGAGGGGGACAGAUGACCACAAGAGAGGCCUGCUACCGAGACCUGAGGUUUCACGUGAAUGCGUCCUUCUGUGACCCCAACACCCGGCCCGUCACAGGGGUGGUGCCUUGCAGAGUGUCUGCCUGUCCUCCCAGCUGGUCUGUGGGGAACUGGAGCACCUGCAGCCGGACGUGUGGUGGCGGCACGCAGAGCCGAGUGGUCCAGUGCUUGCGGCGAGCACACUACAGAUCUGAGCGGGUCUCGGCCAGUCUAUGCCCACAGCCCGUCCCCUCCAGCCACCAGGCCUGCCACCCCCAGAGCUGCCCACCCACUUGGAGCACUGGGCCCUGGGCAGAGUGCUCGCGAACCUGCGGGAAGGAGUGGAGGAAGAGGUCCGUGGCCUGCAAGAGCACCAGCCCCUCGGCCAGGGCACAGCUGCUGCCCGACGUCCUCUGCAGCUCAGAGCCCAGGCCCAGGACCCACGAAGUCUGUCUGCUCAGGCGCUGCCACAAGCACAAGAAGCUGCAGUGGCUCGUGUCCGCCUGGUCCCAGUGCUCUGUGACAUGUGAAGGGGGAACACAGAAAAGAUUCUUAAAAUGUGCUGAAAAGUACGUUUCUGGGAAGUACCGGGAGCUGGCCUCCAAGAAGUGCUUGCACUUGCCGCAGCCCGACCUGGAGCUGGAACGCACCUGCGCCCUGUUCCCCUGCCCCAAGCACCCCCCGUUUGCUGCCGCAGGGACCCCGCAGGCCAGCUGGUUUGCCUCACCCUGGUCCCAGUGCACGGCCAGCUGUGGGGGCGGCGUGCAGACCAGGGCCGUGCAGUGCCUGGCGGGCGGCAGGCCGGCCGUGGGCUGCUUCGUGCACCAGAAGCCUGCAGCCUCCCUGGCCUGCAACACUCACUUCUGCCCCAUCGCAGGGAAGAAAGGCGCCUUCUGCAAGGACCACCUGCACUGGUGCUCCCUGGUGCCCCAGCACAGGAUGUGCCGCCACCAGUUCUACGGCCAGCAAUGCUGCGAGACGUGCUCCAAAUCCAACCUGUGAGUCAAUCGGGGCCACCUCCCAGGGCCAAGAAAACACCUGUUUCCAGCACUGUGAGCUGUCCAGUCCACAUCAGAAUGUGUCCAAGGAAGAUGGAAGCCAGAGGAAGAAAAACUGUUAGGCUCUUUGACGUGUGUGUGCGCGUGUGUGUGUGCGCGUGUGUGUGUGCGUAUGUGUGUGUGUGUGUGUGUGUGUGCACGCGCGCACACGCACCUGUGUACACACAAGCACAUGCUCUCGUGCUGCGUUGGAACCUGGAGGCAGGCGGUAGCCUGCUCUGCAGGAUGGGAGCAGUGCUCACCAAGCAUUCGUAUUUCAGCUAAAUCAAGUCAGAAAGACAGGCGGAGCUGAACGUGCUAAACACUAAAUGUCUGGUGCUUUGUAAAAAGAAAGAAAGGCCACGAAAUUAGAAAUCAGUACAAAACCCCUGCCGUGAAGCAUGCUGGCCUCCCUCCCACUGCCAAGGCCCCUGCCAAGGUCAGGGCGAAGCAGCCUCCUACCAGAAGCAGGUGGCCAGGACAGCUCCGGCCAUGUCCCCAGGGCCCCGUCUUCCUGCCCCAGCAACCAAGUUGCUCUUUGAAGGGACUCAGUGCCCAGACAAGAGCUGGAUGUCCUUCUCAGGGGCACCUGCCUGCCCGGGAGAGGCUGGACUGUGUCCUGUGGGAUUUUGCCCCUGGAAACAGGGAAAUGAAAUCCUUACUGAGGUGCUCCUGUCCCUUCAGACUUGUGUGCUGGAGGAGAGAGUUUUUUAUUUUAUCUUUCUGUUAUUUACACAUGAGUGUUCCUACUCGAACCCACGUCUUCACGGUUUCCUUUUUUAAAGGACAGAAUUACAGGUUAUACCAGAAUUAGAAAAUGUCCAGUUACACCAGAACCCUGCUGUCCUUGGGAAGGGUGUGGGUGGCCUUUCUCUCACAGACGUGGAACCCAGUGCUUCAUUUUUGUGCACUGUGGGGCUUUUUGUUUCUUAAAUGUUGGCUGUGUUUGUAAGACCCAUUCAGAAGGCAGGCCACCGGCUUCCUGAUGGUGGGCGGGCGGCGGGCCCAGCGUCCUCUGUCAACAACACCGGCGCUGCUUCCGUUCUUUCCCGUGAUGCAGCUCCAUUGGGAAUGGGCACCUGGAUAUUUAUAUUUGCUGAAGUUUUAUAAUAAAUUUUA